AUGUCAAGACCAGAAGAAUUAGCACCACCGGAAGUUUUUUACAAUGACACAGAAUCAUUCAAAUACACAUCAUCAACCCGUGUACAACAUAUACAGGCGAAAAUGACACUUCGAGCACUAGAGUUAUUAAAUUUAGAUUCAGACGAACCACAUUUUAUAUUAGAUUUAGGUUGUGGAUCAGGUCUUUCGGGAGAAAUAUUAACAGAAGAAGGUUAUAAUUGGAUAGGGAUGGAUAUAUCACCCAGUAUGUUAGCAACAGGACUAGAUAGAGAUGUUGAAGGUGAUUUAUUUUUAGCAGAUUUAGGAAAUGGUAUACCUUUUCGAGCAGGUACUUUUGAUGCUGCUAUAUCUAUAUCAGCUAUACAAUGGCUAUGUAAUGCAGAUACUUCCAACGUGGACCCAAAAAAAAGAUUGUUGUUGUUUUUUAAUACGUUAUAUGCAUCAUUAAAAAGAGGUGGGAAAUUCGUUGCACAAUUUUAUCCACUGAAUGAUACCCAGAUAGAAAAUAUAAUGUCCAGUGCCAAAGUAGCUGGAUUUGGAGGUGGAUUAGUUAUAGAUGAACCAGAAUCUAAAAAGAAUAAAAAGUACUACUUGGUGUUAACUGCUGGUAUAACUGAAAGAAAUAUAAAUUUAAAAGGAGCUGAAAUGGAUGCACCUGAAGAAAUAGGCAAUAAGAGGAAAAAAAGGAAAUUAAUGGAAUCUAGAAAAGAAUUUAUAAAUAGAAAGAAAGAAACUAUGAGACGUAGAGGUAGGAUAGUGGCUGAAGAUUCUAAAUUUACUGCAUUACCCACAGUAUAUGAACCAUUACCCCCAAGAAGAAAUGGGGAAAGCGCCAUGAAAUACAUCCACAAACAACUUUUGGAAAAACACGAUCCAACAGGCAAAAGAAGAGAAUUAAUAAAUUACUCCAAGGGAUUAAGAGCUGGAGAUAUAAUAAAAGUAACAUAUUUAGAUAGAUCAGAUGUAACUGGAAGAAUAAUAGCUAUUAAAAGAGGUCAAUUAAAUUUAGGUUCUAAUAUCUUAUUAAGAACUAAAUUAAAUAGAGUUGGAUCUGAAAUUAGAAUACCCGUAUAUAAUCCAAAUAUUAGAAAUAUUGAAGUAUUAUAUAAGCCAAAAGAAUAUAUGCCAAGAGCUGCUCAUUAUUAUAUUAGAGAGUCAAGAAGAGAUGUUGACGAUGUUGAGGCAUUCGUUAGACGUCAACAUGGUGGUGAUAAAAAGAAGAAAUAG